AGGGGAGGGGACAAUUGGUUCACACGUUCCUUGGUCGGCCUCGACCUUCGCGUACCUUUCGCCCUUCCGUUUUUGGUUCGUCUCGCGAGUUCCUAGGGUUUCUCCGCCACCGCCGAUGGAGGAGGUUAGGGCAAGCUCCGCCUGGGUGGCCAGCCGCGCCUCCCACGUCGUCGUCGACUCCUCAGGGAUCGAGAGGGUGGUGGAGACCAUCGGGGACUCGAUUCCGAAGGUGGAGUGGGAUUUCGAAGGGAUUCACUACUUCGACGGUGGCCCUCUCACCGUUCAGUACCUCUUCGUCGUGGAUGCUCUCAACUUCUGCUUCUGGCCUGACAAGGAUUUGAGUUAUGAUCAUCUGGCUUUGGGGCUGAAGGAAGCUCUGGAAAAAGACAAAUCUGCAUUUGAUGCUGAUCGCCUACAAAAGUACACUGGUCCCCAGUUACGUGAGUUGUUGAAGUGGCCCAGGCCCCUACCUUUGGAGGACGAGCGGCUUCGUUUACUGCGUGAGGUUGGACAUGAAUUAGAAAGAAGCUUUAAUGGUAAAGCGUCGAAUCUUGUGAAGUCAUGUGGGAAAUCAGCAGGAAAGCUUGUAGCUCUUGUUGCCCGUCACUUUCCUGGAUUUCGAGACCAUUCAGUGUAUAAAGGCCACCAAGUUUUCUUGUAUAAGAGAGCUCAGAUAUUUGCAGCGGAUCUAUGGGGUGCAUUCAAGGGCCAGGGAUAUGGUGAAUUUCAUGAUAUUGGUUCGAUUACUAUCUUUGCAGACUACAUUGUUCCAGCUGUGCUUCGACAGCUAGGAGUCCUAAAAUAUGAUUCUGCCCUGACAAGCACCAUUGAGGCUAACAAUGAAAUAGUUUCUGGCACUGAGGAGGAAGUCGAGUUGCGAGCUUGUUCUAUAUAUGCUGUGGAGAAAAUGAGAGAGCUAAUCAGUAGAAAAUUGGGAAAACAGGUUCUAAGCGUGGAGUUAGAUCUUUGGCUUUGGUCUUGCGGUGUCCAGAGCCCAUCACUCCGGCACCAUCGAACACUUUCGAUAUACUAUUGAUCGGAUCUCAACAGCCUUCCUGCUCUUGCAUAUUUAGCUACGGCUCCUUAGAUAUUUUGUUUGAUACCUGCCAAGGUUGCUUAGUGUUUGCUUUUUCCUCUCCUUAAUCUAUUGGAGGAAAGGUCUCUCGUUUAAAUUUUGCAUAGCUUAUAGGUUUUAACCUGUUCUAACUGAUGUAAGAUAUGGCUUACAGGUUUUUGUGCAUACCCUGUGUGAUACUUUUGGCGUUGUUUAGAGGAAUCCAAGCUAUAGUAUCAUCUUUGGGCUUU